CUGUUUCAACAGAAAUAUUAACAUAACAUACCUGUCGUUUCGUACUGCUGAAGAAGCUAGAUGGAAAACCCCGUAAGGAAUGAAGAGAAUCUAAAAAAAAGCGAAAACAGUGUUUCAAUAGAAGAACAAAGGUUGUCUACGGCUUCCAUUUCAUCGUUUCAUGUAGUCAUUUUCGGAGAGUAUAGAAAAAUCAGCCGUAUAUUAAAGUCCGUGUUUUCCAUCAGUCAUUUAAAGACAGUUGAAACGGUUCACUUUGGGAAAAGCUUUGCGAGUGAGGAAAACCCACAUUUUAAAGCGACGUGCGCGGAUUUGAGUCCUUCAAACUGCUUGCCCAUACUUUCGUGGAUAAAACAACAACAAGCAGGAUCAAAUCUCAAUAAAGUUCAUUGUAUAUGGUGGGUUGUUGAUUUGAACGCUAUCACAGUUGAUGAGAUCCAUUUACUCCGGUAUUUCCAGGGGUGCCAGAUACCUAUUAUAAGCGUCCUUUAUGGCUUAAAAAGGUUCGUAGGAGACCUCCACAACAGUUACCGCAAAAGAGAUGUGCUGAAUGCGAACACAGUCGUCAUUGACGUGAAUGAGGGUGAUAAACAGCUCUGUCUAAUGAAGAAGAAGCUCUUGCUUAUAUCCAAACUUGCAACUGUAUCGUACAAGAGUGAAUUGGUGUACACAACAUGCCUUGCCCUAGACAAAGACGAGUCAUAUCUUACGUUCGUGGCUGCUCAGCAAGAGGACGCUCAUUGUAAAUUUCAUGCAGGAGUUUUGAGAGGAAUCUUACAACUAAAAAUAGCUACUUCCGCAGCUAGUUACCCGUUAGCCAUUCCCUUUUCAGCGCUUGCGAUUGAAAAGCUAGCAAUCAGUCGACUGUGCGCAGACAUUAUUCAAAUCUGGGAUAUCUGCCCUGAGUCUGCUUCAUUAACAAAAGAAAUAUUAUUACAGAUGCCAAACCCAGAAGAGAUCAUUAUGACAGUUGGUAAGACCAUUUUUAUGACAAUGUUUGUACCACUAUGGUUCAUAAAAGGAUUAUGGGAAGUUCCAGCUGCGGCCAAGCUUAUCAUUGCAAGUAUUGCCGAUGUGAGUCUUCCUAUGGAACGGAUGUACUACUUUGUGAAAGCCGGCGGUCACCUGAGUCCUCAGAUUAUCACUAUCUUUUUUCAAUUCUAUAAGGUCCAUGUUCAGCCAAGAAUGAUUGAAUACCUUAAAGAGUCGACUACCUUUAACAUCGUUUCCGGCUUUUCCACUACUUCAGUAUACCAGGAAGCAGUACGAGUAUUACAGAAAUUUCGCUAUAUUUCUAAAUCGUCUGCUUCUGAUUUGGUACUUCCCAAAGUUAAUCCUGAGGACGAAUCCUAUUGAUUUUACUAUUGCCUAAGUCGCUUUGACCAUGAUGCGGUGAUUUUUCUUGAAUUAGGCAGUUCUCCUGCGUUCUUUUAAAGGUUGCUUACACCUAGCACUCUACUUUUUUGUUUACUUCAUGAUAGAAUAUUAAUGGUCAAUUUAAUGGAUCUUUGGCAAGCUAAACAGUGAAGAACUAUGAAGUGUUUUCAAUCGGUAAUCGAAUUAGAAGAGAUGCUAUGAACAGCACCUUGUCGACGAUACUCGUACCUUGACAUUCUAUUGAGACAUCACACUUGAUAGUUCAUAAUACCUACCUAUUUGUAUAGAAAAUCUCUUUUACAUGUACUAGAGGAUAAAGAAAUGAAAGGGCUUAAUAAAAUGUAAUAUCAAUUUUCUUAAUUUGCU